GAGAACAUCAAGUACAUAUCUUAUAGCUACUUAAUUACUAAUACUUAUUGCUAUCUAUGUCUCACUCUCUAGGCCGGCCACAAAAAGUUCAGGACAAUAGAACUGACAUAGUAUACAAUGUUAAUCCUAGUACUUUACGAAAAAAAACUUUGUAUAUAUGUUAAUAAUUCACACUUGUUUUACCUCAGCUACACUCCAUUACCAUUGAUUCUUUGCUUAACAAAUCAAUCAAUUUUGCAGGAAAAAAAAAUGUCAGGAGAGGAAAUUUGGUCAUCCGUUGAAGAAGAAUCUAAGAAAUCUCUGCCUCCAUUUGAUAACAGGAGUGGCUACAAUUCAAGAACAGGAAUUUAUCACUCUCUUGUUAAUCUUGGAACCAAGCAUGAAAUCCCAACAAAGCCAGACAUUAACACUGCAAGUCUUGUUCUAUCACAGUUUCCACAAGGAGACAUUGCUGAUGCAAGAAUUGCAUUCAUUGAUUUAAGUACUAAUCAAAGUAUAAGCUACGGCGAGGUUCGCCGAUCUGUUUACUCUUUAGCAUCAGCUUUGUUCCACGGACUCGAGGUUAGAAAAGGCGACGUAGUGUUCUUAUUGUCUCCAAACUCAAUCUUAUACUCAACCAUUUGCAUAGCUGUGUUAUCAGUUGGUGCAAUUCUUACCACUGCCAACCCUCUCAAUACAAAAUCGGAAAUCGCGAAACAAGUACAUGAUUCAGGCGCUAAACUAGCCAUCUCCGCACCAGAAGAGUUACACAAAUUGAUCCCAACUGGGGUUCCUACAAUUCUCACCUCAAGUCCAUCUGAUGGAAAAUUUCUAUCAGUUGAAGAGUUAAUACAAGGCUGCUAUGAUUCAAUACACUUGCCACAUGUUCCUGUUAUGCAAUCAGACACUGCUGCUGUACUUUACUCUUCAGGGACUACAGGAGUAAGUAAAGGCGUUGUUUUGACACACUCAAACCUCAUUACCAUAAUGAAACUCCUCUGCUGGUCUGCUGAUGUGUCUGCAUCUCAAGAUGAUGUUUUCCUGGCCUUCAUUCCAAUGUUCCACAUAUAUGGACUCAUGUUCUUUGGACUCGGGUUGUUGUGUGUUGGUGUUACAACAGUUUUGAUGCAGAAAUAUGAUUUCCACGCUAUGCUCGUCGCUAUCAAGAAGCACAAAGUUAAUAACAUACCAGCAGUGCCACCAGUGAUCCAUGCACUAGUGAAACAUGCAAAAAAAGAAGGGUAUGACUUGUCUAGCUUAAGAAGGGUUGGAUCAGGUGCUGCACCUUUGAGUAAAGAAAUGACACAAGAGUUCAGAAAGAUGUUUCCUUGGAUUCAACUAAGGCCAGGUUAUGGACUAACAGAAAGUUGUGGUGGAGCAACGUAUUUCGGGUCGGACAUAGAUGCUAAAGCUCAUCCAGAAGCAUGUGGGAAGCUGAUUCCAACUUUUUGUGCAAAAGUGAUAGACAUUGAAACAGGGAAGCCUUUGCCUCCUCACAAGGAAGGAGAGUUGUGGCUGAAAAGUGGUACUAUUAUGAAAGAAUAUCUUGGAAAUGUGGAGGCAACAAAUGCGACAAUCGAUUCAGAAGGUUGGUUGAGGACAGGUGAUCUUGGUUAUAUUGAUGAGAAUGGAUUCGUCUAUAUAGUUGAAAGAAUAAAGGAGCUAAUCAAGCACAAAGGGUAUCAGGUUGCUCCUGCAGAACUCGAAUCGGUGCUGCUAAGUCAUCCCCUUAUUGUUGAUGCAGCAGUUAUACCGGUUGAAGAUGAAGAAACUGGGCAGAUACCGAUGGCGUAUGUGGUGAGAGCAGCUGGUUCUGAACUCUCAGAAGAUCAAGUGAUUCAAUUUGUUGCAGGCCAGGUGGCUCCCUAUAAGAAAGUUAGAAGGGUGAGUUUUAUUGACAAUAUUCCAAGGUCGGCUGCUGGAAAGAUAUUACGUAAGGAUCUUGUUUCUCAAAGCAAAUACCAACUUGUUUCUAAGUUAUGAGUAGCUUGGGUAUAAAUGGUGGUGCUACAGAAUGUUUUAAUUUGUCUUCAAUUAAUGAAGGGAAGUUCAAAAAUGAACAGAAGCCAUCCUAUUUCAAUAGGAACUUAGUUGGGAAUGGUAAUCUACUUCGAUGCACAUCUGAAUUUGCUAGUUAUCCUUGACUUUACUCAUGGAAGCUAAGAACUUCAAUACUUCAGUAGACAAUGUUCGUAAGACUUUUGGUUAGCACAAAUUUAUUUGGGCAAAAAGAAACGAAUAGACUCACCAGACACAGAAAUCAGAAUUUCCGUCAUCAGUAACUAAAAUAAAACCUUUAAUAAAUAAUAUUGCUGCUGGUCAUUUUGAUCUACUUGUGACAUUUGUGAAUUCUGUAUUGUUUUGUUUCUUUUUUAGGCUUUAAUUAUACAACAAGUAUUUGCUCCAAUAUGAAUAUUUUUAAACCAUGCUGAAAAUUGAAAUCAA